AGCAGGCACGGCGACGGCCCCGGGCGCCGCCCCCGCCCCUGCGGGCCCGGCUGCCCCGGGGAUCCCGGCCCCUCGUGCGUGUGACGUCGCCGCGUCUCGCGCUGCUCCGGGACGGCGGCUGGAGGCUCCGGGAGCUGCCGGGCUGGGGGGUGAGUGAGGUAUUCAUCGGACAUCUGUAUUUCUGAGCAGAGAUCAGCCAACAGCAAAAUGAAUUUACCAGGGAAAGGUAAGUGUAUCAAAAGAGGAUCUGUCAGAGCAGUGGGGGCCCUGCAUGACAUAUUGGGAGUGAAUUAAUGAAUAUUUCAUGUUUGUGUCUGCACAGCCAUUUCUCUUUUAUUUAUAUUUUACCACUCUCAAAAGCUACUAGAAGCGAUUACAGAUCUUGCUGAUAUUAAUACCUAAUCAGAAUGCAAAAUAGGGGAGAUUUUUAAUUGCAGGGAUUUUUUGUGAAUUUUGGUUUGUAUUGAUCCUUAUUGUUACGUUGGCCACAGCUCAGCUGUUACUCUGCAUGCUGCAUUUUGCUUUCUUUAAAGCCAUGACUAAAUUCUCAGUCUGGUUGAAGAUGGAGUUUUUGGCUCUCUGAAUCACACUCCAUCUUUGUCAAUGUGUUCCAUGGAUCAGAGCACCAGCCGUAAGUGUGCUGGGGUUUUACUGAGCAGCUGAGCUCUGGUGAAGCCUUUAGCUCUUUGGUUUCUGUUGAUGAACGUAUGUCCAUAGGCUAGUAGGAUUUUAAGUCCCUGGAUCCUGUGUCGGAGGGAAGAAACCGGGGAGAAGACAGUAACUGAGGACUUUUUCAUGGAUGUUAGGGCCAGCGGGGUUUGUGUUCUAAUCAAUCAUGUAAUCUCACCAUCUGCAUGACACAGGCCAUAGAAUUUCAUCCAGCAGUGUCUUCAGUGGAGGGAAUUGAUCUUCCCGAUGAUGGACAUUAACACCAAGCCCUAGAACCUGUUGGCGAAUGCUGCCGCAGAAGACUGCAGAAAGCAACUCGAGCUUAGUUGCACCUUUGACCUCGCAUUAGUGAACAGGCUCACUUGUGCUUGUUUAGGAACUCUGAGUUUAGGGAUGUUUUAGUGACCAUCUAAUAAUAGAUAUUACUUUGGGUAGCAGUCUGGUCUUGGCAACACCCCUCUGGCCGCCCCACAGCAAGUGUACCCCUUGUUACCAUUGAGGAAGCAGGGGGAGAGAGAAGUGACAUGUUCCAGACACAGAUGGAGUCAGCAUCAGAUCAGGGCUUAGAACCUACGGGUUCUUGUCCCUAGUCAUGUGCCCAGACAGCAGGCUGUCCGUAUGUCUGUCACCCUGAAGCAGAUAGACCCAGUAUUUUAAGAGCUCUUUUUUCUUUUUAAAUGGCUAGCAGGCAAGAUUAGAGGCCAAACAGUCUCUGUAAAUGCUGCAUAUUUGCCAUCUGCCUUGGCAGUAGUUGAACAAGCUCAUGGAUGGGCAGGAGGAGAGCUGAAUAACAUUUGAGAUCACAGUCCCUGAAAACAACUUUGUCCCGACCCCCCAGCCUGGCUCGCCAUGCUGCCUGCACAGUGGAGGGCCGAGAACGUACUCCGGGCUGUGCAACAGAUUUCACUUCAGGAUUCUGGCAUGUGGCACGUUCCGUCUGGUCAGUUUUCCUGGAAUCCUGUAUUUGUGGUGUCAGAUUCACAGCACUCUACCCAUUUCAGAAGCCCAAAUGAGCCAUGUCCUCACCUCUAAGUGACCUUGACAAGCUAGUGGGGCUGCAAGGGAAUCCUGGUAGGAAAUGUUAACCAUAAACCGUAUUCGCCUACCCCAUUUAGUACAAACUUCCAUCUUCCCUUUAAAAUUUUUUUUACCUCCGCUUAGACUUUUGAACUACAUCCCAUUACAGCCCAGUUAGUCUGAAUUUCUGUCCAUUCCAGCUAUAAAGGCGGUGGAGACCAGAGGCUAGUGGGCAUUUUAAAUUGCUUUUGGAAAUGAAAUAUAUUAAAAAGUCAAAUGACCCAAUUCAUCACUUUAGAGACAUGUAACUCGAUUGUAAAGUCCCGUGGGCCCAGAACUGCUGCUCUUUGUACAGUACCAUGCACAGCAGAGAGAAGCAGCGUGCCGGCCACAGCCAGUGCCCUGCAGAGUGUAAGAAUGGACUGCUCUGUGUGCUUACAUGGGCCACUGUUACAUGCUUGCUUUCAUUAAGAAAUUUUUGAGGAGAAAAUAUUUUUCUUACGCAGUGUUUUGGAUUGGCAGUGAAAUAAAAUGCACAGCGGUCACCUUCCUCUCUCCCACGUUCAACUUCUGCCCAAAUCCAUGCAUUGCAAGGAAUUUACCCGAAAAGCUCUCUGUGACCUAGGGGUGGGAUUGCAAAACCUGCACUAGUGGGUUCAGCCGGGAAAGGGGGAGGGAUGGUUUGCCAGUUUUAACAGGAGCUUUGUGGAAUCCGCAGAGCAAGAGACAGACUUGCAGGAGCAACAAUCCUCCUGCUGGAAUCUCCUACAGAGAAGUCGGGUCUUCACAGCAGAGCCAAAUGAAAACUUCAGUGUUUCAAGGGGAAACUUUAUUUAAGACGCACACGGGAUUGGCUGCUUCCUAAGUGAAAGCUGAAGGCAGAGGACCCUCCGGUCUCCCAGCCUAUGUGCAGAGGAACAGAAUGCGGAUCACCAUGCGGCGGGUGUUGCUGGGGCUUGGCUUUGCUAUUGCCCUGAUGGUGACUGUGCACCUUGGCCAGCAGAUGUUGGAGUGCCAGGAGCUACUGGGCAAGGGCUAUGGCAAGCGGAAGCAUGGGCUGAUGAGACCAGAAAACGAAGAACUGGUCGUGGUGGACUCCAGUCGCGUCGAGUACCGGUACAGCAAGGAGAUGCCUCUGAUAUUUAUCGGUGGGGUCCCGCGGAGCGGCACGACUCUCAUGAGAGCCAUGCUGGAUGCGCAUCCAGAGAUCCGCUGUGGAGAAGAGACUCGCAUUAUUCCCCGGGUGCUGGCAAUGCGCCAGGCCUGGUCCAAAUCUGGGCGUGAAAAGAUGCGCUUGGAUGAAGCAGGAGUGACGGACCAAGUCCUGGACGCUGCCAUGCAGGCAUUUAUCCUUGAAGUCAUAGCCAAGCAUGGUGAGCCAGCCAGAUAUCUAUGUAACAAGGACCCCUUCACGUUAAAAUCCUCUGUCUACCUUUCAAGACUCUUUCCCAAUUCCAAAUUUCUGCUGAUGGUUCGAGAUGGCCGGGCUUCUGUCCAUUCCAUGAUCACAAGGAAGGUAACGAUUGCAGGCUUUGACUUGAACAGCUACCGAGACUGCCUUGCAAAGUGGAACAAAGCGAUCGAGGUGAUGUAUUCCCAGUGUGUAGAGAUUGGGCAGUCCAGGUGCCUGCCAGUCUACUAUGAGCAGCUAGUGCUGCACCCCGAGCAGUCCAUGCGUGUCAUCAUGCAGUUCCUAGACAUUUCCUGGAGCGACACAGUGCUGCACCAUGAAGAAUUAAUAGGGAAACCUGGCGGAGUCUCUCUUUCCAAGAUAGAAAGAUCAACAGACCAGGUUAUUAAGCCUGUAAACUUGGAAGCUUUGUCCAAAUGGAUCGGGCACAUUCCAGGGGACGUAUUGCAAGACAUGGCCCAGAUAGCACCAAUGCUCGCUAGGCUUGGCUAUGACCCAUAUGCAAAUCCACCCAACUAUGGCAACCCAGACCCCUUGGUAAUCAACAACACCCACAGGGUUAUGAAGGGGGAUUUUAAAACACCAGCCAAUCUGAAAGGGCGUCUUCAGGUGACUCAGAAUACGUCUGCUUCUCACUGAAAAUUAAUGAUUUCCAGGAUGUUGUAAGUGUCCUUUCAUUGCCCAGCAGAGAAGGAAUCUGCAAAUGCAAAAGUGGAAAUCUGUUAUCCAAGCAUAUUGCUUGCUAAUAUUGCCAAAAUGUGACUGCUCUACAAGGAAUAUAUUUGCAUUUAUUUGCAAAGGUCAAACAUUUCACACUUCAAGUACCAGUUGUCUACCUUUUCUGAACACUCUGUGGUAAAGAGAAAAAUCUGUGGAAAUGAAUUUUCUGACUGAACCUUCGAAGUGCAUUGGAAAGAGAUUUUAUAUUCAGUUACUUGAGAACUUUUUAAAGUUGCAUUAAAAUUGUCUUGUAAUUUUGUUCUCUAAUUUGAAACCAGAAAUAGGUGUAAUAACCGCGUCGAGCCUUUGUUGUACAAGUGACAAUCGGAGACCUGCCUUCUAUCAUUCCUUCACUCGUAACGUACAGAAUCUAUUGCAGAGUUAAUAUAUGAGGCCGUUCUGUUUC